CCUGGGCACGUGACAGCCCGCAGGCGAGGAGGCGGCGGCGCGCGUGGCCCGUCUCUGCGCAGGCGGGUUUGGAGGCGCGCGCCGGCGACGUCACAUGGGUGGGUGCGUGCGCACGCCGUCCUCUCCACGAUCUGACUCCGGAGCACAACAAGACGGGGGAGGGGACUGACUGACGGACUAAGUGAUUGACUGACUGAGGCGGAGACGGGCCCCGAAUGGCGGGAAGCGCCGAAGAGGCCUCCGAACAAGGUCUGUCUGGCGCACGGCCGCCAAUCCGGGAAUGGUGGUGGAGGAAGAGAAGGUGGUUCUCUCGCGCGCAAUUUUCCCGCGUGGCUCGCACACAUCUGCUGCCUAUGGAGGAAACUGGCAAAAUCGACACCCGCGGGAUGACCAACAUGAAAGAAAAUCAGCUCACACUGUGAAUAUGGAGAAUUUUGUAGAAAUUUCGUCACUUCCCAAAACAGGGAAGCAAUCAGUCAGGUUAGGAAACCAGAAUGGCGGAACAGUACCAGGUGCGGCACCUGCUCUUUAUGUCCUUGUAAAACAAAGUACAGGGAAAUCUGACCAGGGAAAUUUGGUUUCAAAUCAAGAUGACUGUGGUCUUCCCAGUAGUGCAGCACAACCAGUGUCUAAAGCAACGACAUACCUUCCAGCGGAGUGCACCUCAGGAAAUGUUACUGUUAUUUUGGACAACAGCAAUAUGUGGAAUGAGUUCUACCACCGUAACACUGAAAUGGUGUUGACUAAACAGGGAAGACGAAUGUUUCCAUAUUGUCGAUACUGGGUAAGAGGUCUGGAAUCCAAUUUAAGGUAUAUCCUGGUUAUGGAUAUUUCUCCAGUUGACAACUUUCGCUAUAAGUGGAAUGGUAAUAAUUGGGAGCCCAGUGGGAAAGCAGAACCUCAUGUCUUAGGAAGAGUUUUUAUUCACCCAGAAUCCCCUUCUACAGGAUAUUAUUGGAUGCGCCAACCAGUUUCUUUCUACAAACUGAAAGUAACUAAUAAUACCUUGGACCAGGAAGGCCAUAUCAUUCUACACUCUAUGCACCGCUAUCUACCUCGGUUACACCUUGUGCCUGCUGAACAAGCCACAGAUGUUAUCCAGCUGAAUGGUCCUGAUGUCCAUACUUUCACUUUUCCACAGACAGAAUUUUUUGCUGUGACUGCCUACCAAAACAUCCAAAUUACACAACUAAAAAUAGACUAUAAUCCAUUUGCUAAAGGAUUUAGGGAUGAUGGCCUGAGCAGUAGACUUCAGCGUGAUACAAAGCAAAACGACAGAUCAGAACAGGAAGGAGGUAGUUUAACUAAUUCUCCCAGCAAUUAUAAACAUCCCAGUGAAGGUGAUAUUUUGGAUCCAGAGCAGAGAGCUCUAGAGACAUCAUUUCAUGAUAUGUAUAACCCUGAUUUGGAGAGAGAUUCACCCAGCCCAUAUCAUGAUUCCCCGGGUUUUAUGGAGACAGACAUACAUGGAUGUGAUGUCCCAUCAUUAAAGCAGGAGACUUCUGAAAGUCCAAUAGCUAGCCCUUGUCAAAGCAUCGCUUGUGUGGCAUCCCUAUUACAGUCAAAUGGAGACAUCAGUGCUGUGGUUAAGGAGGAACCAGAAGAUGACUAUGAUUAUGGACCAAAUGUUUCUGUGGAAGGGAUAAGUGUGAAGCAGGAAGACGAAGAUGAUAUGUCUGAGGAAUAUCUCAACAGCAGUGAUUCAUUUCUAGAGCAGCAGCUGAAGGAUCACAAAAAGGAAAUUGAAUCCCAUAAGAGGCCCCAUGAUAGUCAGUUGGGUGUUGCCAGAGCAAAAAUGUUAAAAUUGGAUAGUGCCAAGAUGCCUGUUGUAUACUUAGAACCCUGUGCAGUCACUAGAAACACAGUAAAAGUCUCCACUAUUCCACCAGCCACGGUAUCAUCUAAGAGUGAGCAGUCUUCUUUGAAUCAUUCAGUGGGAUCAUUCCCUACUUAUUUUGAAAAUAGUUUUAUCCCCAGUCAGUUUGCAGGUAUGAAAGCAAAGGAAAUAACUACUGGAAAACAGAUAUCUGGAGAUAACGUGUCGCAAAUGUGUUCUUUAGUAGGAGAUAUGCUAUGGGAAAAUACUGAAAUUUCAAGCAAUUUUGCAGAGGCAAGUAAGGUGUCUAGUUGUAAUGUAAAGACGUAUGCAUAUAGUGACCCUUUGUUAAAAAAAGUUAACUCCACUGGAAAAAAGAUCAAUGCACUAGAGAAUAUUUCAUGCAAGAAUGUUAUUUGUAAUAAAAAUGUUGAGUUGCCUGCCCCACGCAAAAGAGGAAGACCACGGAAAAUAAAGCAUUUACGAGUUGGAAGACCACCUAAAUCCACUGGAAGGUUGAUCACAACAAGUGCUUAUGCUUCUUUGGGACCUGAUGGCAAUCAUUUGAAUGUUAAGCCCGAUCUUGUGGAUGUGGAUGGCGUACUCUUUGUAUCCUUUGCAUCCAAGGAGGCUCUUGAUAUCCACAGUGUGAAUAGAGCUGAAGAAAAGCAAUUGAAAAAUGUGCAGACUGCUUCACUGACUUCAUGUGAUCAUUGUGUUGAUCCAGUCAACAGGGAGGCUUACGUUGGUGAUAAAAUGAUACAACAGCUGGAAAAAGAAUUGUUGGAAGAUUUGAAGUCUUUAAAGUACAGACAGGUGAUACAUCCUAGCCUUCGAGAAGUGGGGCUAAAGCUGAAUUUUGUGGACGCAGCAAUGAGCAUUGAUCUAAAAUAUUUGGGUGUGCAGCUACCAUUGAGUUAUUCAGAUGACUAUAUUUCAUGGAAGAAUUUGAGAGGCAGUUCCACUUCUUCUGACGCUGGGCUUCCCUUUGUUUCCAGAACUGGCAAGACAAAUGAUUUCACAAAAAUUAAGGGAUGGCGUGGAAAAUUGCAUAGUUCUUCAAAAGCUGAAGGUAUCCUAAUAGAGGGCUCCUUGAAGAACCGGUCUGCCUUUUGCAGUGAUAAACUUGAUGAGUACUUGGAAAAUGAAGGGAAGUUGUUGGAAACAAGCAUGGGAUUAUCACCUAGCACAUCAGUUUCUCCUGUGGUCUAUCAGCUUCCAACUAAAAGUACUAGUUAUGUCAGGACACUAGAUAGUGUUCUGAAAAAGCAAUCCACUGUUACUACUUCCAGCUCUUGUACUCUCAAAUCUCUAUCUGUGCCUUAUGUCAGUAAAAAGAAGAGACAAAAAUUAAAGAACAGAAAAAAUGCUGUGUCUGGAAGCAAAGAAAAGUCACCUGCAAAAUCUGUAAUCUCUGUAGGAAAGGAAAAAAGUAACUUAUCCAACUUGGAAGAUAAAAUCACCAAAUCGCAGCGCAGUAGACGAGUAAAUGAGGUAGAAGCUCUCAUGGUGCCAACCAUUGAAGAAAAUAUGCAGGGGAAACACAUCACUGUGCAUCAACCACAGCAGAGUAGUCGUUUGCCAAGUUUAUCCAAAACACAGUUGAAGCUGAUGGAUUUGGAGGAUUGUGCAUUGUGGGAUGGUAAGCCACGGACCUAUAUUACUGAAGAACGAGCAGACUUAUCUUUGACAACAUUACUCACUGCUCAGGCAUCACUAAAAAACAAGCCUAUCUAUAAAAUAAUGAAAAGACGAGCCCCACCAUGCAACAAUGACUUUUGCCGGCUUGGAUGUAUCUGUUCUAGUUUAUCUCUUGAGAAGCGUCAGCCUGUACACUGCCGCAAGCCAGACUGUAUGUUUGGUUGCACUUGCCUAAAGAGAAAGGUGGUCUUAGUUAAAGAAGGCUCCAAGAAGAAAAAGAUACUGGAGAAGCCUCUUCAGGGAAAACAUAUGUUGCAUGGUGGAAAAAAGGUUGACCAGCAAGAGCAGGACAUUGAAAAAGAGAAGGAAGAAGAAAAAUUGAAUGGAAAAGAUAAGAGGAAAGAAAAGAUUCAAUAUACUUUCUGUGAUAGAGAACCAGAGAAGACUGUUAAGAAUUUUCCAUUGUGGGUAAAAGUAGAUGGAGAAUUGGACCCUGAACCAGUUUAUAUCCCAACAUCAUCAGAUGUAGAGGCAACAAAACCUGUGACACCACCGAGUCUAGAGGUCUUACCAUCUGAUGACAAGCCUCCAGCCAGUGAAGUCAAGCUUGUAACUGGAGGAGUCAAGCCAUCACGCGUGUACACACCUAGACCCAAUCCUGUGAUUCGAGAGGAGGAUAAGGAUCCUGUAUAUUUGUAUUUUGAAAGCAUGAUGACUUGUGCUCGCAUUCGAGUAUAUACACGCAAGGUACAGGAGAAAAAGCAGCACCAAAAGUGUCCUCCAAGUUCUGAUGAACAAAUUGAAAAGGAGCAUCCUCCUGAGGUUCAGCCCACCAAAAUAGAAAAGGAUAAAGAGCCUGGAGGUAGAUCUCCUAUCUUGAACUUAGUUUCAAAGUCCUUAGUGAAGAACUCUGGGCUUUCCUGUAGUGCUGAGAAUGCAUCUACUUCUUAUGUACACCAUACCACUCCAGAUGGAAUAACCAAGCUAGUUGAGAUUAUUUCUGACUGUAAGUGGGAAGAGGAUCGCAAUGAGAUCUUGAAUAUCUUAUCAGAGCAUAUGAAGAAUAAGAUGCCGAAAUCCCUCGAAGUAGGGAAUUUUGUUAUUGAUUUAGAAUCUGAAAGCAAAACCUGUGAUGAGAAGAAUAUUCCCAUUUAUUCUUCCCGGGUGAAAAUCUCCAUGCUGUCCUCCAAAAACAAGAGUGAAAAGGCCCAAAUUGCUGUUUCAGAGCCUCCUGAUAAUAGUUUGUCAACAUGCAAAAAGACAGAAACAAAAAUACCGUUAACACCUGCCAUGUUACGGGAAAAGAGAAAAAAAGGUUUACCUUUUUAUGCGAGCCUUUCUCCUGCAGGAAAGCUGCUUGUUUACCCACGCAAAUCAGGUUGGAGCCGCUCAACUCUAGUUCAGGUUAAUGGUAAAAACUAUCCUCAGGCCAGACUGCUCUUGGGACAGAUGGGAGCACUGCAUCCAGCUAGUCGACUGGCUGCUUAUCUCACAGGCAGGUUGCGCCCAUCAAUGCUUGAUCUCUCAACAAUCAGUACAGUCAUAUCCAAAGAGGCCUCCAAUACAAAAGUGUCUGCUUCUAAGUCAGCUGAGGUGCCCACAUCGGAAACUUCCAAAAUAAUACGUUUAGAUAACAUUGCAUUGAAUUCUACAGUAACAUCACCAAACACUCAUGUCUCAACACAGAGACAAAUAGCUAUCCGGCCAUUACUGGACGGUGUCACCUCUCAAUUGUUUAUGAAUGCUGUUGGAGCUCUGCAACAGAAAAUUCCUGGAAUUAUAACACCCCAACCUUUGACAGGACCACAGAAAUUUAGUAUCAGGUCUACAUCACUUUCUCUUGAAACAACUACGAUUACUACUGCUAAUGCCGCAACUGUUGCUAUGGCAUCACUUCCUUUAACUACUACUAACCCAACACAAUGUAACAAAGCUAUAUAUUCUCCUAGCAUUUAUAUAGCAAAUGCUACUGAGAAACCAGAAAAUAGUACUGCAUCAGCUGCAACAUCUGCAGUUACUGUUAAAGUAAUAACAUCAUGUGGGAUAGCUACACCAGUUGCAACCACUGCUUUUGCCAAGUCUACAGCUCCACUGUCAACAUCUUUGUCUACAGCUUCAUCUACAACUGGAUCCAUAGCCACAGUCUCUACACCAACUUCACCAAGUGGCUCUGUUGGUUCUGGAUCCUCAGGAAUUCAGAAAAGUACAUUAUCAAAUGAAAAAUCAGGUGAUAUGAGCCCUCCAAGUUUCUCUCCUGGAGGAGAGAAACGUAUGGGACCACGGCUACUUUUGAUUCCAGUAAAUCCAGGUUCUCCUACUUUACGACCUCAAAAUAUGCAGCUUGGUCAAGGGAAGAGAAUGAUUUUGCAGCCUAUAAGGAACCCUGGGGGCAAUAAUCUCUACCGACAUCCCAAUGGCCAGAUUAUCCAGCUUGUUCCCCUGCAUCAACUUCAAACUACAGGAUCCCAGCCCAGUUUAUCACCUGUAAUGUUCCGUAAUUCAGGAUCUGUUGUGGGAAUCAGGUUGCCCACACCCGCUAAGCCUCCUGAAACAUCUGUGUGCCCCUCCUCUUCUGAUUCUGCUGUGACUCCAGUUACCACUACUGCUCCAGUUUUCUCUGCGAUUCCCACUUUUUCUCAAUUCACAACCACAGAGACCACUUCUGUUUUGCCUGGAACUUCAACCAACACAUCCAUGUCAUCAUUACCUAGUACAAUUUCCAAUGAAGAUCCUUCAUCAUGUCUGUCCCCUGCUGUUGUUUCCACAUCUUCUACCAUUGACACUGCUUUAUCCAUGCCCAGUACUUCUGAUACAUCCUCAUUGUCUAUAUCCUCUUCACCUAUGCUUGUUGCAUCUACAGCUGAAGGCCUUUCAGUUGUGUCUGCGCCCUCAACCAGUGAUGCACCUUUACCACCUCCCAUUGUAUCUACAUCUUCUCCAACUGAGGCCCUUUCUGCUCUGUCCAAGCAACCUACAACUGAGAGCUUUGCAGUUUUGUCUGCACCUAGUACUACUGAUACUCCUUUCAUGCUGCCCACCGCUGAUGCGCAUUCCAUCUUGCCGAAGUCUGCCACCACUGAGGGAUCUUCAACUUUACCUGUGUUCCCUACCUCUCAGGACACAUCUACUCUGCCUGGGUCUGCUGCAACUGAGAAAAUGGCUGCUUUAGGUGUGCCUUCUGUGGCUGAUGUUCCUGUGGUGUUGGCUGUGUCAUCUUCUGCUACACCUGUUCUCUGCAACACUGAGGUCAUUUCUAGUUUGUCAACAUCUACCAAAAACUGCACAGUGAAGGCCACUACUUCUGUACCUGCAUGUUCUAUUUCAGCUACCCAAACAACACCUGCCAUUUCAUCAGUAUUUGUUCCUGUCACUGGAACUCUGUCUCUAAGAAUUUCUCCUUCAGGAAUAAAAAGUAUUCCUAUUCAGAUGAGUUCAGAUUCUAAAAUAAAAUAUAGCUGUAGCGGUCAACCAAACAGUACAGGUAAUCUGUCUCUUCAAUCUAACAGUUUUGCCUUGCUUCAGUUUCCAAGGAAGAACAUUCCAAGUUCCAAUGUGAAACAAGUUGCCCACAUUGAAAUUAAGAAUGAUAUGUUCAAUGCUAUUAAACUAAAUGAAAACGUGGCAUGUUCACAAGUUACAGGAAAUGUGGAGCCAAAAGAAAAUAAGCGGGCAGCCAGUCAACCAGAAUCCUGUUCUAAAUAUGUUAAAUGUGACCAGAAUGGUGCUAUCUUGGAGAGAUCGAACAAAUAUGCAGAAAUCAAUCUAAAGUUAUCAAAGAAUGCUGCUGUAUCAUCAGAUCCUACCUAUGUCUGUGGGAACAAAAAGUAUGAGGAAAAAGAAGUGACAAUUAAAAGCACGCAUGUUAAAACUCCUGAAGAUACCGAAGACAAAGUUUCACAUAGUUUUGAGACUGAGACUGAGUGUGGCAGUCAGACUGUCUUGAAUUCUACAAAGAAGGUUAAACUUCUGUGUGAAACCCAAGGUCCAGUACAACUACAGAGAAAUAUGAAAGAAAAGGAUAAUUCUGUGGCAGCGGAGAAGAAAAGAGAAGAAUGGAGAGAGAAGCCUAAGGUCAAUAGUGUUAAAGCCCAUGAUAAUGCAACUAGCCAUCACAGAAAGGUUUCUUCACCCAUUAUUGAUAUUACCGUAGAUGAUUCAGAAAAAGAGGAAAAAACAGAUGAUUCAGCAGAUGAGAUGGCUGAUGAACUAUCUGACUAUCAGAGUGAAGAUGUGAAUGUUGAAACAAUGGAUGAAAGUGAAUCCAGUGGAGUUGAAGAUAAUGUGGACAUUGAGACCGUAGAAGAACUUAAAGAGAAAUUUAAUAUAGCUCGCCUGAAGUCUAUAGCUGCCCAUGUUGCACAGUCCAAGCAAUUGCACCCUGUUCGUGACUCUUCUGCUCAAACGACUGCCUCAGUUGAUAAGCUGUCUGAGUCCUCAAACAAAAAGCCAAAGAAUACAGAAAAAGUCUUUGCUUCCUACCGCCAAACACACACAGCAAAUGAACGUCGCCGUCGGAAGGAAAUGAGGGGGCUUUUUGAAACUUUGAAGGAAACUUUGGGAUUACAGUCUUUCCCCAAAGUUUCCAAAUGCUUCCUUCUCAAACAAGCCUUUGAUGAAAUCCAGGGACUAACAGAUCAGGCAGAUAAACUGAAAGGUCAGAAAGACCUAUUGAUGCGCAAGCAAGAGACCUUGAUUCGUAAAGUUUCUACACUUUCAGGCAAGACCCAGGAAGUAGUCUUGAAGAAGCUGGAAUACAUUUAUGCCAAACAGAAAGCUGUAGAAGAACAAAAAACAAAGCAACAUAAGCAAGAAAAGCCUACAGCAGUUUGUGAAACUACUGAAACUGCCAAACCUUCUGUGGAAGAGAAUUCCUCUUCUUCAGUUAAAGACAUGAAAUCAGUGAUUGUUUCUACCAGGCGUACGAAACCACUGAUUCUUUCCAGGAAAGGAAGUUAUGUCACAGGAGACACAUCUUCUCACAUGACUUUAACAAAUGCAAGUCUAGUAAUGACUGCAAAUGGCCAGGUCCUUGCCUUAAAAAAUCCCCUAGUGUCCGGACAGUUUGCUUCCUUCCCCCUUCAAACCAAACCCAAGUCGGAAAUUGAUAGCACUAAUGGAACAACACAGCAAGGUGUUGCUUCUGUGAUGAUUCAAUUGCCAAGCUCAACAGUACCAGUGCAAGUGAAAGGCAUCUUCCCUGCUGCUACACUUCCUAUUGCACUGUCUUCUGUGGCCAGUCACACUGCCACUGCAAUUGUCCAAAAAGCUCCAGAGCUUCCAUCAGAAAAUGAAGAUUCUUUCAUGAUGCCCAGGAUAGUAAAUGUGACGUCCCUUGCUACCAAAGAAGAUACAAGUUUAAAUCCAGAUAUAAAUAAGAAUUCCUCUGUUAUGCUGCAGGCUGAUUCUCAGGAAUCAGAACCUUCCUUUCAAGCAGUAUCACAGGAUCAACAUCAAGCUUCUUCUAGAAAGGUACAAAAUGCCACUGGAACAGCACAAGAUUUUCUUGGGAGAAAAAGUUGUUUUCCUCAGAUAGUCAGUGUCUCUAGUUUAAAGGGAUCCUCUGCAUCGUUUACAACAGAAGUCAAUGUUGAACAGUUUUCUGGGAUUAAGAAAAGAGUAAAACUGACAGGGAAGGGAAAUGAUUGUCAGAUGUCAAAUAAUUCCAUAUUCCAAAAGCUUCAGGUACCCAGGAAUUCUGGAUUAGAAACAGAACUGCAGAAAGUAGCUUCUGCGAUACAUGAACCAGCCCUGGAUGCAAAUGACUUGAUAGAUGUAGAGAAUGAUGAUACAGAUGAAACUCUCACUUCACUUCUCAAUGAAAUUGCAUUUCUCAAUCAGCAGUUGAAUGACGAUAUCUCAGACAUGUCUGAGCUUCCAAAUUCCUUAAGUUCUGGCUUUUCUCUAAAAGAUAUGGAAAGUCGUCAGGAAUCAGCGACUGCAGGUGCUUCUUCUUUUCAAUUUGGUGCAGUGGGUAGGAGCUUUAAAGACCCUUCUGUAGGCCGAGAGAGUUCUGGUUCCAUAACUCCUCUCUUGCUUCACUUGAGUGAUGAUGAUCUACCUGAAGGUAAUAGGAACUCAGGAGAGGCUCCGGUUCAGUCUGACACUUUGAUCAUGUUGGGAUCUGAAGUAAAGAACUCACAUACUGACCUAAGAACAGUAAAUAGAGAUGGAAGUAGGAAAAAUGUGAACUCCAUGACAAGGACAAGAAGUGUGUCACCUCCCAUUCUGCAGAUGAAAACUAACCUAGAAGCUUCCACCACAGACAUGGCAUGGAGGCCCAUGCCCAAAUUGGCACCACUUGGCUUAAAAACUGUUACCUUUUCAUUAGAUUCUGAAGGACACAAUACCAAGAUGAUGCCUUUGUUGGCACCUGUUGCAGCAAAAGAGAUGAAAACCACAGAACCAAUUAGUGGUCCAAACCUGGAUCCUAAAGCAGUGCUCAUGUUAACCCCUGCAGCCAAAAAAUCAAAAUAGUGUUGUAGCAUCCCUUUCCAUGCUUUCUGUUAAUUUGUUUUAUAUUUAUUAGGGCCUUUCGCAAUCAGUCUAGAUUAUUGAGCAUGUGAUGUACUCCAGCAUCCAUCUUUACAUGUGCAUAUAUUAUAGCAUGUGUGCAUGCUAUUUAGAAAGCUGGAUGGAUGUUUGACUUGGGCAUAGAAUGACAAAAGAAAUCAAGACACUAGCUAAAAAAUUACAGGGAUGCCCAGUUUGGCUGCAAAUUUGUAGCACUCUUGUGAAAAAUAUUUUAACAUGUUUUGGAAGAAGAAACGGAGCAGAGUUAAUUGCCUUUUAGCAUGCCAGAAACAAUUCUAGUGAUAAAACAAUUGCUUAGCUCAUAUCCAGAGAGAUUUUUGAAUGAUAGCGAAUAUGUCUUAGCUCUCCUUCCUUUUGUCUGACACAGUCACAUGAAGUAUCCUAUAAAAAUAAUUUUAAACACGUUUUAGCAUUUCAAAAAUAUUCAGGAAUGUAAAUUAUUUGUAUGCAUAAUUAUUUCCAUAUUAUGAAUUCAGAAGCUCAAAAUAAGGCAUUUGAUGAGAUAUAUUUUGCUUUGGUAUAAUGUGUGUUAAUUAAAUAGUUUGAAGGUAACCUCUUCACUUAUAAGCUGAUAAAUGUUAAGGGAAUUUCAUACUAUAAAACAAUUUAUAUUUUUGUAUAGAAUUUUCUUGUAAAUAUGUAAAGUACUGAAACCUUCAAUUAAUGAAAAAAAGUGUGUGUGUGUGUGUGUGUGUGUGUGUGUGUGUGUGUGUGUGUAUGAUAUUACAAAAAGAAAUGGUUGAAAACAUCCUAGUGAUCUGGUCAAUCACUGUUACAUGACGUCUGAAAAUUACUUCAUUUCAUUUAAUUAUAUUAAGAAUGUUCCUAAGUUGUAUGAAGAAUGUAGAUCUCAAUUUUUGUUAUUUAGCAGAAAAUGUUAAGCUUCUCGCCCCUUGUAUUAGCUCAGUCGUAUUAGAAAUGUCUAUUUCCUGUACCUAGGACUGAGAAAGGUACUGAAUUUUUAAAUACAGAAACUGUCAAUCACUUCCAUAUUGUUCGUGAAAGCCCCACUCGUUCCAUCUGCAUGUAAGUUGUCUAUAUUUAGAUGAAAUUACAUGUGAUAAAUACUUUCAAA